AGUUUUGGCAGCAGUGUAGAGGUGUUGUAUGACCACGAAAGCACCAUGGUAUUUGACUGGCUCUUCUUUGGUAAGACAAGCUUCUUUGCUUGCUUGAAUUUGGUGGACUUCGUGACGUUGGUGAGCCGCUCAAUUUGAACUGUGGGGCCCAUGAUGCCACCCUUCUGAAUUCCACCGCUGUGAGCUCAGAGGACAACACCUGUCAGGUUCAUGCGUGGUGGCUUGCCAUCAGCGUGACCAUCCUUCUUUGCUCAUCUGUGGGUUCGGCAGCGAUGUACAGCUUGAAGAAGCGUGAUUCGGGACCCGAGGUGAAAACAAUUGCUUUUGGAAUAAGCUUCCUUGUGGCGUUCUUCCAGCUGGCCCCCUUCAUGGACUUGAUUCAUAUGCUCCGCCAUGGAAACCGGUUCAUUGAUGACAACAAGAAGCAAACCAUAUUGAGGAGGGACCUGAUCAUCAAAUUGGUUGAGUCAGCUCCACAAGCCUUUUUCCAGGCAUAUGUGCUUUUCGCAAUCGAGGCCCACGGCCAACCGCUGCGAGUGUUUUCACUUUCUGUCUCCAUUAUCAGCGUCUCUCUGUCCUUAGCAAUGACUUUUCCAGAGCUCGUUACUGCGGAGGAAAUGCUGGGGCGUUUAGCAUCUUCCAGUGAUACAGAUCCUGAACAUGCAAAGGAGAUGUUUGGGGAUGAGGAGCAAGCCUCUGAGCUAGAAAGCGCAUUGAGCGAUUCUCAGCCCAGGAAAUCGAGACUGGGGACAGUGGUCGGCUUGGUAGCUGCCAAAGCCAAGGAGCGGCUUUCAGAGCGAAGGAGCUACCAAAGGCAAAGCAAACAUGGUGGCAAGGAUGCCCAGCCAAACCCGGAGCUGGUUGGCUCUCCACUUCAUGAGUCGAUGAUUGGUAAGUUCAUUUUUUGGGUCUACUUGGCAUCCGACACCUUUGUACGAGCCGGAGGCUACGCAGUGGUCUUCUCCGCCGCCUUGCGACACGUUGGAGUUCCCCUAGCCAUCAUCAGCUUUGCCUUAUGCCAGCUUGCACUGAGCUUUUGGGACUUCUUUGUGAUGUUUAUGGAGGGCGUUUGGUGGAUCAUGAAGAAAAUCCCUGGCUUUGUCAGGUCAAUCCCCGAUAAAAUCAAGGAGCUGGCGUCAGGCCUUUUCUCUUUUUGUCUCGAAAGUUGUGCAGAAGUGGGUGGUGCUGAUUUCGCAGUGCAAGGAUCUGAAAGCCCACAAGACUGGGAUGUGGCGUGUGCGGAAUUGUGCUUGCCUUGCCUCCCAUGCUUGACGAAGCUUGCGCUUUGCGCUUACUUCUUCAUUGCCGGGCCCAUUGGCAUCACAGUUGUCAUAGCAUUGGGCACUUUUUCUUUGCACUUUUCUUCAUUGCGAUCUCACCUUUCCUGGUAGUGUGUUUGGCUCUCGCAACUUUGGUCGUUGGAAGCUUUGCCAUUGCCAUGACAUCAGUGCCAAUUGCAUUGACAUUUGGCAUUGACCCCAAGCCAAAGGCGGCAUUUGCAUCUGCCAGGAUUUUGGAAUACCUUUGCUUUGGCUUUAUCCUUGCGAUGUUUGCAAACACAAUGUGUGGGAAGUCAAUGCCGUGGGAGACAGCAGUUUUUUUCCUUGUACUUGGGGUCAAUGUGCUGUCGUUGCUGGCAUUUGUGGCUUUGCACUACUGCCUGAAGUCAAUCGUGACAUGGGAGACAAGAUGGGGCAACAGGCUGCGGGCCAUUUCUUCUGCCAUGCUGUGCGAGAGCCUGUGUGUUCUUUUGCGAUGUUGCAAGGGCAAGCCCCAAUUGAUGGCAACGGAAUGAUUUUGCAGUCCAGUUUGGCAUUACUAGCUGCUGCUUUUUCAUUUUCAAUGUCAAUGACGUACUCAGGUGCUCAUUGUUUGACAUGCGAGCUGCCCGCAGAGUAAAUGGCAUUUGUGCCCUUUGCUGUGCAGGCAUUUGUGCCCUUUGCUGUGCAGGCAGUGCAUGUUGUUCUUGAUGCGUUGCGCCCAAAUGGGGCGGCAACUUUGUCUUUGCACAUGGCUCAGCGGAAAAUUAAA